GUUCUUUUGCGGUAGAAACGGCGGGAUGCUGGGGAGCUGACGCGAAGCAAUUUACAAGCGAGUUAGGCCUUCGUCACAGGCGGAAUGGGAUUGUCGCUCCCAGUCGUUCCUGGUGCAAAGGCUGUCCAUGGUAAUCCAGCGUGGAAGUACUGUGGGCAUCAUAGGCACCUUUGCAGUGGAGACGGCGAGGAGCGGUUUAUUUGUGUACAUUUUUAGUUUUCAUUUUUAUUUAUAUUUCUUUUUUUUUUUGUAAAUUCAACUCAUAUUAAUAUUGAAUCAAAUACCUACUUUGUUUUAUGAAUAAAGGGCAAAGCCUUCUAGAUUUAAUGGGGUGAGUAACUUUAGUAACGUUGAGCAUGGCUAUGGCAACUAAAGAAGUUUUACGAUAAGUUAAUAACGAUGCACGGCGAAAUGGAGUAAUACUUUUAAUAACAAAAUAUUAAUAUUAUAUUUGUGUUUACGGGACAUCGAUAAAACAUGCGGCAAACCAUUUAUGAUGCUAUUAAUUAAAAGGCCAGCCGACGAGAUGGGAAUGGGCGGCACGAUGGACAGCUGUGGGCGAUGUAUGAAGUUCUCACUAAUAUGCAUCAACGUUGUUACCUUUAUCGGUGGACUGCUGGCACUGGCGCUGGGCGCGUGGGUGUGGGUGACUCGUUCUUUCUCCAGCACGCUCAUGAGCAACAACAUGUUCAUCGCGUCCGUGGGUGUGGUGGUGGCCACGGGAGCGGCGGUCAUGCUGCUCGCGCUGCUGGGCUGCUGCGGCGCCGCUAAGGAGGUCAAGUGCAUGCUGCUUACGUACUACAUCCUCGUGUUCAUCAUUUUCGUGCUCAUGCUUGUUGGAGGCAUCCUACAGUUCGUGUUUCGGGAAAAGGUGCUGACCACGCUGGACCGCGAGAUGUUUGCGUCCAUCCCGUUCUACGGCGUGCGGCCGGAGUACACGCGCGCCUGGGACGACACGCAGACCUACCUGCAGUGCUGCGGCGUGCACAACUACAAGGACUGGAAUGGCAACGUGCCCGAGAGCUGCUGCAAGGAGGUCUACCCUGGGAAGCGCAUGGACUGCAAGUACUCUGGCAACCCGGCGACCAUGUACAUGGACGGCUGCCUGCCGCAGACAGUGGAGUUCCUGCGCGAGAACGCCGUGUACGUCGGUGUCAUCGCCAUCAUUGUGGCGUUCAUAAUGUUGCUGGGCUUGAUAUUGUCGUGCGGGCUCUUCGUGAAGAUAGAGUGAAAUAGUGCAAUUUAUCUCGCUCUAACAGCAUCUUGCUUGCGGCAUGUUGCAAUCUUGCCUGGUAUGCUCGCUGUUAUAGAUGUCGGCGGCCGAUCCUACCUACAAUCAAAAUAUUACAUGUGAGGAACAUUACAAUCUGCUUGAUCUUACGAUCGGCCGUCGACAUGGACACAGCGUCACAUUGUUCAUGGGGUCUACACACUUCGCCAUAUUUGAGUUUUACAUUACCAAUUUAUAAAAAAAUAUACCAAACCAUGCACGACCAUAAUAUUUUAUUGUAGACACUAUUAUCGAUUAGUUAUCUAUGUUUAUGAAGUUUUAUUUUUUAUCGCCGACCCACACUGCGUAUGACCACAUAUUCUUCAGCUGACACUUGCUGUGAAACAAACAUGUGGGCAACUUGUGUAGGCGCCAUUACAAUGAUGACUCACAAUUUUCUAUGAUGUAACUAUGUACAGGUACGGAAUAUACGACAUCAAUGUAAGACCAUGGUUCGUAUAAAGAGACACUGCAAUAUAGUUUGCAAUUUUCUAACUUAUUCCUAUAAUAUACUUUUAUGAAUAUAAAGUGACAAUGCGUGCACAUUAUUUUGAACUUCUUCUAUGAUGACACAUUUCUCUUCCUCUUUUAGUGGACUUUUUUUGGGGAUAUGGUGUAAGUAAUAUAAAACGGACAUUUUAACCUUUGAACAUCACGCCUAUCAUAUGGAGCGCGUCAUCGUGAACCUUGUCGGAAUGUACGAAGGUUGAUAUUGGGCUGUACCCGCGCGUCAUUUGACGGUUGGCGGUCAAAGGGUUAACGAUAAACAUUUAUGUCGAUUUUAUGUCAAUGUUAUUGUGGUAUAGUCGAUGUUAAAGAUGUGUUUAUAAUUUUAGCCUCAUUACAUUGAAAUGAAUUAAGGUACAGUAGGCUGCAGAGUUAAGUGACCCCCCUACAUAAAACAUUGUUUGCAGAGGGGGUCACUUAACUCUGCAGCUUACUCUACAUCCCUGUAAACAUAUGUUGGACGUUUACUGUAUGUGUAUAUACCUACUCUUCUAAAUCCAACUACUUAUUUUGAAGUAAUGAAAUCUCAGUACACCUGUACAGUACAAUAUAUAUAACGUGCUCACGAGGUACCCAAAAGAUUUUAACCACGCAUUUCUGAGGUCAAAAGAAGGCAAAAAAAAUGUUUUAGGUAUGGGUAAAUUUCGCCAAAACAUUUUCUUAACUAGUUACUUUUUGAUAUCUUUCAAUAAGGAUAUUUAGACUAGGCCAUAAAGUUGCAACAUAGCCAUCAAAAAGGCGUUUUGCGUUGUAGUUGUGUUUUUUGUUUUUUUUUUUUUUACUUGAUAAGAAAAGCUUAGUUUUUAAAUAUGAUUAAGAAUUAUAAUGUUAAAAUCUUUCGGGUUCGUGGUGAGCACGUUGUAUAUUACUUGAAUAUAUAAACUGUAUGUGUAGUCAUAGUUUUAGCUGAUAGGUAUUAUUGAUAAUAAGAGGCUAACAUUAAUGUUUAUUCGUAAUAUUUAUGUUACAAGAUGCACAUAAACGUGAAAGGAGUGAAAGUUAGGUCCUUAAUGAUCUCCUAAUAUAUUAAAGAUAAAAUUAACUUUUGUGGAUUCAAAUUUAUUGUCAUGAAUUUAAUUUAUCUUUGUAACAAGAACAAAAGUCAUUUUAAUAAUAUUACUUAUCCCUUUCGCUAAAUAAUUUUGUAUUAAGCAGACAGGUCUGCUAAUGAUGCCAGAAUGUUUAGAAUUAAAAGAAAAUAUACCUAAAUAUUCAGUCCCGUGCAUGAAUUGAAUUCGCGACUCCGCCGCUGUAACAACUGAACUACCGAGACUUACACGUUGACAGCGAAUAUUUCGCCCAUACGAAGGAACCCAUAUUGGUUUGGUAAGGGGGAGGGUAUUAUUCCUUUAGUUUCAUUUCGCUGAACUACCCAUAAGAUAUGAGUGACUGACAAAUUGACAUUGCAUGACAUCGUAGAACUAACAGAAAUUUUGUGCAUGCAUGCAUACCGUCUUACAAAUAUGACCAAAUUUUCUUUGCUUAUUAUUUAUUAUGCUAUAUAUAUUACGGGCAAUACUAUAGAAGGUUAAGUAAACUUAAGUUUACCUGGGUAUACCUAGUAUUACCCAAGCCUUUUGGGUAAAGUUGAAAAUUAAAUCAACUUUAAUUUGUAUUCGACGAUUACCCGUAUAUUAUACAUCUAGGUCUCCCUAACAUUACCCAGCCAGUGUUGAGUAGAUGUGUAUGGGUAAAGGCCGAAUACAGAUUAAAAUCGUUUAAAUUUUCGGGCUUUACUUAUUUUAUGGCUGAACUUUUUGCCGAAUUUUAUUUUACAGAAAAUUAUUUAUAGAAUAAUCGAAUCCCACAUUUUUAUUACAAUUAAUUAUGUUCCUUUGAUUACUCAUUUCAAGGAAAUAUACUUUGUAACUUAAUUAAAAUUCAGAAUAAUUAUUCAAAGAUUUUUAAAUAGAGUAAAAAGUGAAAUAAAGUUUAGCCUGCGCUGUGGCUCUGAGGGUAUGCUAUUUUUGGUAAAUAAAUGAAAUACUUAUUACUCCUAAAAAUAAAUAAAAAUUAAAGUAAAAGACUGACUGUAGAAUUACUAUUCAUUGAGUGUUAUUUGUACGACAAUACAAUUCACAGAAUAUUGAUUUCAUCUAAUAUAAUUUUUCUAAAUUACCUUUCAUCUAGUAUUCACUUAAAUGAAAAAAUCAACCAUUAGUUGCCAAAAAGGGGUUGAGAUUUGUUAGUUUAGAGCUGCAACCAGCAAGAAAAUGAACUGUUACCAGAAAUGUGGAUUAGGUUAGGUUAGAACUGAGACCCCUAAAAACACAAACUUUUACCAGAAAAGUGGGUUAGAGCACUUAGAACUGCAUAUUUAUAAGAAGUGACUUUUCUACAUAUGGAUGAUUCUGUGAAAUGAAAUUAAAUGAACAAAUUGUUAAGGACAAUCGUUUUAAGGAAACGAUACAAAUUUAACAUGUUCGCUGGGAUGUAACUAAUUCGAACUAUAAUUACUUACUUGAAGUAAAUAGUCUGUUUAAAUAUUACUUUGUAAUAUGAAAUUACUUGAAAAAAAAAUAUAAAACAAAAUUCUACAGAAAAAUCGUCGACAAAACAAAGGUAAACGGUAAUACUAGUUAUACAAGGGUUAAUUUGAGUUUAAUUAACCUUCUAACAUUACCCGUAUAGUAACAUAUAUAUACACCGUGUUUUUUUUUCCUUUAACUUCAGGGUAUGGGUAAGCACGUUUAAGGAAACUAAAUGGCAUAGUUAAUAAAAAAUAGUAUAUUUUUGUAAUGAGUAUUUUAAUGUUCCAUAUAGCGUUGUAGUAACACGGGCAUUACAUUUAACCCAACCAAACAAUUGAAAACUGUGACAUAUCAAUGUCAUUUCGAACAUCGAUCGUCUGAGAUAGUGUGUACGUUUAGUAGCAAAUGUUUCGUUCUAAACACUAAUCAGUAUGUAGACGGGCCCUAAGGCAAGUGCACACACUCGUAAGGGCCUCAUUAGAUAAAAUAAAUUAUUGAUUAUUUCCGAAAUAGAGGUAAUUAGAAUACCGGUGUCUUUAAGAAAGUUAUUUAAUUUAAGCUCAGGAAUGCACCCAUAAAAAAAACGGUGUAUAUUAGAUCCACUUGUUUAGCGAUAAGCUAAAUAUCUGGGCCUGUUAUAGUACACAACCUGGCCUGCAGUAUAGUAAAUCGUCUAUUUGAAGUAUAAAAAUAAAUAACGUCCACUAUUUGUAUUUUUUUUAAAUUGUGCAAUAAACAUUGUAAAAGUACA